GUUGUGAAUAAUUGACUGAAAGAUGUAAAGAAUCGAACGAACCUGUAAGCGAGCGGCAAAAGCUGAGGAAGUUGCUUGAGACGAACGGUUGCGCCUUGUUUCCAUUUUUCGGGCAAAGAGGCGGGAAAAUUAAACGCUGAUUUUUCAAAUCUCCUUUGUAAAAUGAGCAACGCCAUAAAAAUGGACUGGCUUAGCUCCGCCGAGGGCGAGUCGUUGCUGCAUCACUUUUACACUCGUUCGACUAAUAAGAGACGAUUUUACGGUAUAUUGGAAAGACCACCGAUACCUUCGUCGAUCGAAGAAGUCUCGUACAAAAUAUUCAUGGCGGGGAAAUCGGGUGUCGGAAAGACUUGCGUCGUGUCCCGUCUUUCAGGAAUCAAAGGAUCGUCGCCGAGCGGGACUUACGUCGAGACAAACGGCAUAAAAAGAACGACGAUUUUCUGGCCUGUUAAAAUAUGGGACAAGGUUGUACUAUUCAAAUUGCAAUUCUGGGACGCGUCUGAGAACAGCAUCAAAAAGUACAGCCACAUUUUACCGGCCUGCAAAGAUAAAGUCGACGCGAUUUGCAGUGUAUUUUCUUUCGACGAUACGGCGACUUUAAACGAUCUUCCACAGCUGAUGAAUUCAAUGGCAGCGACGAAAGAAAAACCAGCCAGUAUAGUGGUCGGAACAAGGUACAAGGUUUGGUCGACGAUGGCCGUGUCUGAUACUCAAGUCAAGGAAUUCGAAGACAAGUGGAAAGUGAAAGUGAUAAGAAUAGAUACCAACAAGGCGGUGGCGAGACCCGAAAUCUUUGACUGCUCAUAUCAGCUGAAUUGGAUUUGCUCUGCGCUUUGGGAUAGGGAUCAAGAAUUUAUAUCGAAACAAGUAGUGCAAGUUUGAUUCCUACGAUAAGAUAACAAUUUUAUUGCAACAAUCAGAGAA